CAGCCUAACCACGUGUGUUCUGGACACUAAGAUUACUACAAAAUCAUCAUCUUGCUGCUCUUUUUAACAAAUUAUUUUGUAUCAUGGUGGUAGAUGUAGAAGGAGCUUGGGACCUGCUCAAAGGGGUACCUGUCACUCUGUGGAUGCUGUCAUCUGUGAUGUUGCUCAGUGCUCUGAGCCCAGCAUGUGCUGUGCACGAAUUCACAGCACACAGGAUGCAGCAGUUUGACUUGUAUGGCAACCAGUAUGGUUCUCGCAGUUCUUUGGUGAACAUGGAGGCCAGAGGGGAGGUAGCAAGCAUGCUGAACAGGAAAUGUGUUGUUGUGAGAUGGGCGGAGCUUUCAUAUGAGUCUUUUAUGGAACUUGUUGAGCGGGGUGCGGGUUCCAUAAUCAUUUUAUUACCUCUAGACAUUGUUUCUGUGGACAAAAAGAAAAUUAACGAGUGGCGACAACUGGAAGCAGAGCUACUGUUAACAAAGGUCCCUAUUCCGGUGUACUUUGUCCCUGAGGACACGGGGCUCACUCUGAUUCAUAACAAGCUGGCAAACAAUGCAGAGAAAGAGUCUAAGUCUUCAGUACUUUAUCGAAUACUUUCAACUUUUUACGAGGAUGGAUACCAGAUGACAAGUAGUGAUCAACAAGAAUCAAAACCUGACAAAGAUGUUGAAAUUCAUACCAUUACUGGCAAGCUGGUGGGCGCAGGUGUGGAACACAAGCUUCCUACUCUGGCAAUCUUAGCUCACUAUGAUACCACUGGGCUAGCCACUAGUCUCCCUUCCCACGCUGGAGCUAGUGGAGUGGCAGCAGUGCUGGAGUUAGCACGACUGUUCUCCAGGUUUUAUGCCGACCCCAAGCAACGGCCUAAGUACAACCUCCUCUUUGUACUGAGCGGGGGUGGGAAGUUCAACUACUUUGGUACCAAGCACCUAAUCUUUGAACAGAUGGAUAAUCAGGACGAUGAUGGUCUCCUGCCACAGGCAGAGUACACAAUGUGUCUGGACGAGAUUGCAUCAGGGGAUAGUCUCUUUGUGCAUGUCUCCAAGCCACCCAAAGAGGGUACCAAGCCUCAUAAACUACUCAAAACUCUUAAUGAGACAUGGGCAUACAUGUACCCAGACUCUCCUUUCCCCUUGGCCCACAAGAAGGUUAAACUAGGUGACGAGUUGUUAGCAUGGGAACAUGAGCAGUUCUCGCUGAAGAGACUACCAGCUGCCACUCUCUCUUCUCUGGAGAGCCACAGUGACCUCAGCAGACGUUCCAUGUUUGUGACCAGGUCUGAGAACAAUGUGGACAUUCUUUCUCGUAACGUCAAGGUCAUUGCUGAGGGAGUGGCUCGACACUUAUUUGAAGUCUCCUGUGAGAACUCGUCAGAUUGCGGUGAGGUGUUUGAAGGUAGCGAGAAUGGUGUCCAUACAGAUUUUCUCAAGGCAUGGAUGGAGUUUCUGGCCUCCAAUGCUCGCUCCCCUCAACUAAUGACUCAGGAACACCCUGUAGUAACAGGCCUUGAGCAGGCUCUUGGCAGAUAUGCUCACGAUGUUACUACCUACAGUCAUAAACCAGAUGGAUCGGAGCCUGAGUUUGUGGUGUAUGAUAUCUCCGAGACAAGGCUACAAGCUCACCGGAUAAAGCCUGCUUUAUUUGAUCUCUUUCUAGGACUGGCUAUUACAGCUUAUGGUUUCCUCUGGUACUUAUCUGUGCUGUUUUUCCCCACGGUUUGGCCCCUCAUCCAGUCAAUCCCCUUGCCGAUCCAAGUACGAACAAUCCGACCAACUAAAAUAGACUGACAUAAUUAUAUAAUAUUAUUUUGUAUGAAUUGCAGUAACUGCAUGCAUGUUGAGUAUGUACGUGUACCACCAGUACGUAUAAACGUGGCUCUGCUGUUA